AUGGGUAAACCCAAUUCGGCGCAAUCGCCCUCUACCAAGGGCGCGUCGUACACACCUCCGAAGCCCGACAACCAGGUCGCGAAGCGUCACGAUGACUACACCUCCGAGGGUGUCAAGGACAACGAUGUCUUCCUGUUGCCCGUGUCCGAUUACCAGGUCAUGCUUCUCGUCACUAUCAUAGGAACCAUUGUGCGCCUGUUCCGUAUCUACCAGCCCACCAGUGUCGUUUUCGACGAAGUCCACUUCGGUGGCUUUGCGUCCAAGUACAUCAAGGGCAAGUUCUUUAUGGACGUUCACCCGCCGCUGGCCAAGAUGCUCAUCACUCUGUUCGGAUGGCUCGCGGGUUUCGACGGCAACUUCGACUUCAAGGAGAUUGGCAAGGACUACCUGGAGCCAGGAGUUCCCUACGUGGCUAUGCGACUAUACCCUGCCAUUUGCGGUAUUCUACUGGUCCCUACCGUCUUCCUGACCCUGAAAGCUGUUGGAUGUCGUACUGCUACUGCCGCUCUGGGUGCCUCCAUGAUCGUCUUUGAGAACGGACUCCUGACCCAAGCGCGCUUGAUCCUGCUCGACUCGCCCCUCGUUCUUGCGACAGCCUUCACCGCCCUGGCCUUCCAAUCCUUCACCAACCAACACGAACAGGGACCUACAAAGGCAUUCGAUGCGAGCUGGUGGUUCUGGCUGGUUAUGACCGGCCUGGGACUGGGCAUCACCGUCAGCAUCAAAUGGGUUGGCCUGUUCACCAUUGCUUGGGUUGGAGGCUUGACCCUGGUGCAGUUGUGGGUGCUGCUUGGCGAUACCAAGACUGUCACCAUUCGCAUCUUCGCAAAGCACUUCAUGGCUCGUUCCUUCUGCUUGAUCAUCAUACCCGCUACUUUCUACAUGGCCAUGUUCGCCAUUCACUUCUUGAUCUUGUCUAACCCUGGUGAUGGAGAUGGCUUCAUGAGCUCCGAGUUCCAAGCCACAUUGAACAACAAGGGCAUGCAAGAUGUACCUGUCGAUGUGGCUUUCGGUAGCCGCGUCUCCAUCCGCCAUGUCAACACUCAGGGUGGCUACCUGCACUCUCACCCCCUGAUGUACCCCGGAGGCAGCCAGCAACAACAGAUCACCCUCUAUCCUCACAAGGACGACAAUAACUUGUGGUUGCUUGAGAACCAGACUCAGCCGUUGGACUUCAAUGGCGAAGCUAUCAACGGCACUGACGCUUGGGACAGCAUCAAGAACAUGACCGAGACCUAUAUCAAGAAUGGUGAUGUGAUUCGCCUGUACCACCCAGCCACUCACCGUCGCCUUCACUCGCACGAUGUCAGACCCCCCGUCAGCGAGCAGGAAUGGCAGAAUGAAGUAUCUGCUUACGGAUACGAGGGAUUUCCAGGCGACGCCAACGAUUUGUUCCGUGUGGAGAUCGUUAAGAAGCAGUCGCUUGGAGCCGUGGCCAAGGAGCGACUUCGCACCAUUCAGACCAAGUUCAGGCUCGUUCACAUCAUGACUGGUUGUGUCUUGUUCUCUCACAAGGUCAAGCUACCCGACUGGGCAUCGGAACAGCAAGAAGUUACUUGCGCCAAGGGCGGCACAAUCCCAAACAGUCUUUGGAUGAUCGAAUCCAACGCUCAUCCCCAACUCGCCGACGAUGCCGAGAAAGUCAACUAUGCCAAUCCCGGGUUCUUUGGCAAAUUCUGGGAGUUGCAGAAGGUCAUGUGGAGGACAAAUGCAGGCCUGGUAGAGUCACAUGCGUGGGACUCUCGGCCCGAGUCUUGGCCAAUCCUUCGCCGUGGUAUCAACUUCUGGGGAAAACAGAACCGUCAGAUCUACUUGAUGGGCAACCCUUUCGUUUGGUAUACGUCAACCCUGGCCGUUGUGAUCUACGUGCUCUUCAAGGGUAUCGCUGUCCUACGUUGGCAGCGAAGCUGUGGUGAUUAUUCCAACGCGACCUUCAAGCGAUUCGACUAUGAAAUUGGGACAUCGGUACUCGGAUGGGCUCUGCACUACUUCCCUUUCUUCAUCAUGGGGCGCCAGCUUUUCUUGCAUCACUACUUCCCUGCCCUCGUCUUUGCCAUUAUGGCAUUUUGCCAGGUCUUCGACUUUUUGACUGCUCGUUUCGCGAUCCCCGGCGUUCGAGAGAACCCAAUUAUCAACAAAGCCGGAGCUAUUACCCUUCUGGCUCUUUCGGCUGUCGCCUUUGCCCUCUUCUCUCCUCUCGCGUACGGAAACGCUUGGACCAAGGCGGAAUGCAAUCGCGUCAAGCUGUUCAACACGUGGGACUGGGACUGCAACAACUUCUUGGAAAGCUACGAUGCCUACUCGUCGAUAAGUGCUGUCCCCAACAAGGCUGUUGAGAGCUCCAAAGCGCCUGUCGUAGAGAACCAGCAGGCCGCGAAACCCGCUGCCGCCGAGAAGCAGCAGGAUUCCCAGGAUUCCCCAAACGGAGUAAUCUCUGGGGCCCCGAAGUUCGAGCCCCAGGGCCAGAAAGUAAUCGGGCGCGAGGAGAAGAUCGAAUACCGGGACCAGGACGGAAACAUCCUCAACGAAGAGCAGGUGAAGGCCCUCGAGGGCAAAGUCGAGUUCAAAACCAAGUACGAAACGAGAACGCGCGUAAUCGACGGAGCAGGCAACGAAGUGCCGAUGCCUCCAGAAGAGCUAGCCGGCGCGGGAGUCGCACCGCCACACCCGGACGUCCAGGGCUCUGAUCAAGAGACGAAGAAAGUGGCCAUGGAUAACCCGAUUCCCAAGGAAGCCUCUUCGAGCAAGGACGGCGAAAUAGAGGCCGAGAGAUCUGUUCCCAAGCCUGCCAGCGAGGGUAACGAGGCCACCGUCUAA